AGCAGUGAGUGUCAACUGUCAAGUGACCAGCCGGCGAACAACUUCCAAAUAUUGUAGAAAUUAAAACUAAAAUAAAAGAUAACUUUUAGCCGAUUCGUCGAUAUACGUGGUGAAAAUGACCGCUUUCGAGGAAUUCGGGGUCCUGUCGGAAAUUGGCAAAGCCAUUGACGAGAUGGAGUGGACUUUGCCAACGGAUAUUCAAGCUGAGGGCAUCCCCCUAGUCCUCGGUGGUGGUGACGUUUUAAUGGCUGCUGAAACCGGUAGCGGAAAAACGGCCGCUUUUUGUUUACCCAUUAUACAAAUAGUGUGGGAGACCUUGAAAGACAUACAGAGUGGAAAAGCGUCAAAAGUCUCGACUUCAUCAUCUAAACCCUGGACCAUGUCCAUGAUAGACAGGGGCAGCGCUUUCGCUGUGGCCCCCUGUGGCUUGCGGGUGCAAUCCAGGGAGCAGCGGGAGUGGCAUGGGGGGCGCUGCACCAGGGGCGUUCAAGGGGGCGGCAAAUACGCGUUUGAGGCCACCGUGACCGACGAAGGCUUGUGUAGGGUGGGCUGGUCGACAAUGCAGGCGAAAUUAGACCUAGGGACAUGCAGAUUUGGAUUUGGGUUUGGUGGCACUGGUAAAAAAUCCAACAACAAGCAGUUCGACGAUUACGGCGAGCCCUUCGGCAAGAGUGACGUCAUCACUUGUCUGCUCGACCUCGACAAUGGGCAGAUUAAAUUUUUGAAAAACGGCAGCGACCUUGGCAACGCCUUCACGAUCAAUAAGCAGGCGCUGAAUUCGGCGUUUUUUCCCGCCGUCGUGCUUAAGAAUGCGGAAAUGGCGUUCAAUUUCGGCGAAGAACCCCUUAAACACAAGCUUCCUCAAGGGUACGUCGCUUUAAAAUCAGCCCCCAGUGAAAAUGUUGUCGUUAAUGGAAAUUCAAGCGAUAGCGGUGGCGACAAUUCCGUCAAAAUAAUUAAUAAUGCGCCACAGGCCAUCAUCAUUGAGCCGUCUCGCGAACUGGCCGAGCAGACCUCCAACCAGAUAAAAAAGUUCAAAAAGCAUCUGCAAGACCCGCAAGUGCGCGACCUUUUGGUCAUCGGGGGCGUCAACAUCAAGGAGCAGAUAUCUACGUUACAGAACGUGGGGGCUGACAUCAUAGUUGGCACCCCUGGCCGGCUCGAGGAUUUAAUCCAAGGCGGCUAUUUAUCUCUUACUCAUUGUCGCUUCUUCGUCUUGGACGAAGCCGACGGUUUGCUAAAACAAGGCUACACGGAACUGAUCGAGCGUCUGCACCGACAGAUGCCGAAGAUCACCGCGGAUGGCCGAAGACUCCAAAUGAUCGUCUGCAGCGCCACCUUGCACGCUUUCGAAGUGAAGAAAAUGGCGGAGAAAUUGAUGCACUUUCCGACGUGGGUGGAUCUGAAGGGUGAAGACGCCGUUCCUGAGACGGUGCACCACGUGGUGGUGAUGGUGGAUCCCCAGAAAGACAGAGCGUGGGGUAAUUUGCGUAGACACGUGAUGACUGAUGGGGUGCACGCCCAAGAUAACGUGCGACCGGGGAAUAACAGCCCUGAAACUUUGAGCGAAGCGGUGAAGAUGUUGAAAGGGGAGUAUUGUGUUAAGGCGAUCGAUGAACACAAUAUGGAUAGGGCUAUUAUAUUUUGUCGUACGAAAUUGGACUGUGAUAACUUGGAGAAGUAUUUGAAACAAAUCGAUAAAAAUAAAUAUUCGUGCGUGUGUUUGCAUGGCGACCGCAAACCCAACGAAAGAAAAAAUAAUCUAGAAAUGUUUAAACAAAAAAGGGUGAAAUUUUUGAUCUGCACGGAUGUUGCAGCUAGAGGGCUGGAUAUUACAGGGUUGCCUUUUAUGAUUAAUGUCACUCUUCCGGACGAAAAGUCGAAUUACGUGCACCGGAUUGGUCGAGUUGGGAGAGCUGAACGCAUGGGAUUGGCUAUAAGUCUGGUGAGCUCGGUCCCUGAAAAAGUGUGGUACCACGGGGAGUGGUGCAAAAGCCGCGGCCGCAAUUGUUGGAAUACCAACUUAGUAGAACAAAAAGGCUGUUGCAUUUGGUAUAACGAGCCGCAGUAUUUAGCCGACAUUGAAGAACACUUGAAUGUCACGAUUCAACAAAUCGAGCCUGAUUUGAAGGUGCCUCAUGACGAGUUCGACGGAAAAGUCGUCUACGGUCAAAAGCGCAAACAUCAAGGCUCGGGCUACCAAACUCACACCGCCCAGAUGGCCCCCAUAGUCAAAAGUCUGACCAAACUCGAGAGCGACGCCCAAAUGUUGUACUUAAAGCGCCACCUAACCAAAAUGGCGCGAGCUUAAAACACAAUCUGAGGUAAUAAUGCAUACAUCAAUUUAUUGAGAUAAACAAUAUAAUAUAAAAUACAAUAGUGUAAACAAAUUAGACUAGUAAAAAGAAUUUUAUUGCAAAAUUCAAAUAAAUAAAAAGAAUCCCCAAAAAUUUGCAUUGUGUCAACGGCGCUACUUGUAAGAUAAAAAUUUAAAUAUAUCUCGAUUACAACUCUA